GUAAAAAAAAAAUUGGAGGGAGUCACAAAGUCAUUAAAAAAAGGAGAAUUCGAUAAAGUUGAUUUUAUUUUAAAUUUUGUUCCACGACUUUAAAAAAAUCAUAUUAUCUCAAAAUCAAAUGUUUACAUAUCUAUUCACGUCUGCUCGACAUAAAGUGAAUUAUUUCCCCUUUACCUAUUAAUACAACAAAGCUGAGCACACGACGGGUGUUGUGCUUGACACGUCUGGCGGAACAUAUUCUGAUAAAUUAGUCACCAGCAUGAAAAGGAAGAAAUUCGAUGAGGUUCAUGGUGCGAUCAACUAGAAAAGUGUUUGACUAUUGUUUACCAUCGUGAUUUGUUACUCUGAUACUAUUAUUUCAGUUUAUGAAAGUAGCCAUAUUGUGAUGUGGUUAAGAAUUUCUAGCAGCAGAGGACGCAAUAAAAACGUUUCCACGCCAUUGUGUUCCAUUGACCGUGACAAAAGUCUUUCCCCUUGAAGCCCUUCAAUACCAGGAGCAAGUGUGUGAGAAACAAAAGUGGACAUUCUCCUCCUUUUCAAAGUCCAAGUUUCGCAGACAGGAGGACACGUUCCACAUCGGCUUCAAGAGAACUGCAAUUUGUUGAAGGCAGUAACUAUGUGGUUUGAUUCCAUGCGCCCAUACGCCCCGGGGGCUGGAAAGUUUGCGUUGUGCUUGAUAUGCCUCCAGAUCAUUGCAAUCGCCCUGAUGGUAAACGCGACAAUUGCUUUUGCACUGGCUGUGUCUGUGGCUGCCAUUCUUAUAAAAUAUUAUAAGAUUGACCCCGAGCCCCUCUUUCUGCUCCUGAUGCAUGGCAUUGUCAGUGUCUCCAUGUUGUACGACCCAAUUACAACUUUCGCUUUCAUUCUAGUAAUUGUGUCCGUCAUUUUCACCUUUGGAGACUGCGACCUACCCACUGAACGCCUGGUGAUUUUUGUCAUAUCUGUCACAGUACCAGCUAUCUUUGGGAAGGUGGCAGCUUCCAUCACAUGCGUCCUUGUUGGAGUCGCCAUCAUCUUGUACCGGUUGCGCCCCUUGUAUCCUGAAUCAUUGGCCCUGCUGGCUCUUGGUUCCCUGGCAAUCACUCUCUUGGUCAACAAGGUCGUUGCGACAAUAGUAGUCUUCACUUUAAUCACAAUAUUGACUGGACUUUAUGUACUUAAUAAAGUGAAGAAAAGAGCAUUAGAGGUAGCACCUGUAACAACUCAACCUCCACCCAGAAACAUUUCAUCCCAUCCGAAUGGUUAUCUCCCUUUGAGCAAUCCAACAGAAAGUCUGGACCUCCAUGGACACUCAGUGACCGGUGCCAUGAAAGUUUUGCACAUGUUUCUUCAGGAGCACGAAGAAGAGUACAGGAAGAAUCGCUCCAGACACAUUCGUCACGUGACUAUCAUUACUGGCGAUACUUGCGACAACAAAAACCUCAUCAGACCCACAGUUGAGAAUUUCUUAAAAAUCAACAGAUACAAAUAUGACGUGUCCACUGAGGUGCCAGGUCUAGUCAAAGUUGACCUUGAGUCUCAUGUCCUGUAAAUGACCUGGUGACCUACCAUGACAUAAACUUGUCUGGGACGAUGUGAAGGAAAUGUUUCAACCUGGCUUGGACUGUUAUGAAACAUAUUUGAAAUACAUGAAUGCUCGGUUUUAAUAAAACCUCUGACACAGUCAAUAUUUUCCAGUCUAAUUUGAUGGCCAUGGUGACAAAUAUUAGUUUCAUCUAUACUAUUGUAAUAUCCAAAAAAAAGUUAAGUUUUUUUUUUCAUACAAAAUUAUCAAAGAUACAAGCUUAUGAACUGAAUGUAUAUAUUAUAGACUUAUUACUGCUGAUUGUUUUUUGUUCAACCACUGUGAAACUAAUGAAAAAUAAUCUUAAUGUCUUAAAUGCUGUAUAUUGAUUGAAUGGAUUUUAUUAUCUGUUUCAUUUCUAGUCAAAUUAUACUUUUAGCUUUAACUCUCUAACUGUACAUCAAAUGUAAAUAGCAGUUCUCUUUCGUCUCUUCUCCUUCUCUCUCUUUCUCUUUACGUUUGUCUCUCUGUCUUCUCUCUCGAUCUCUCUCUCACUCUCUCAGAUUCUCUCUCUCUCUCUCUCUUUAUCUAUGUUAACACUUUCUUUGUAAUUCCUUUUGAUUCUCUCUACUAAAUGUUUUACAUCUCUGUCUGGUGCUGAAACAAACUAUUUGUCAACAAAAUAAAGAUGUUGACCUAUUUAGC